CUUUCCCAAAUAAACAUGUUCCGUCUGCGUGGGUUUCCUGUGGUAACCUACACGUCACAUGACGAGUUUCCCGCCACAUCUGAUCUUGCCGGGGUUCUUCGAUCAGUAGUUCUUUCACGUUGGUUCCUGUCUAGAAGAUUUACAAUCCCGAAAUUUACUACAAAAAUGCAGGCAUUUGAGCAGGAAAGUGAAUACGAAAAGCAAAGAAGACUUCGAAUCGAGGAGAAUCAGGCGUUGCUAAAGCAAUUAUUCCCACAAGGAGCUAAACAUUUUCUCGGUGCGACGAGCACCCCGCCAGCGAAGAGAAACCCCUCGCCGAAAUCAAAGCGAGCCUCCCGUCGCUUCUCGCUAGGAGUCCCGACAAGAAGAAACCCCAGCCGUAGAUGCAGGCCAGAGGAAUGUUUCUACAAUGAAUUAGAAGACGCUGAGCCGGUUGUUUAUACGGAGAGUACUUUAAUUGUGAAGAUCAGAGGCCCAUUAACCAUGAAUCGAUUCAAGCGGCGACGGUCCACCGAUUCUUUCUCAAACUCCUCCGAGCCAGACAGCCCUCGAAAAACCAAACAACGAAGAAGAGCCCCGGUUCCUAGACCGCUUGUUGAAGUAACAGAAGCGGACUUAGUCCUCGUUGCCGAGAGAUUUGCAGAUAAGCGAUACGAUUCGAUCAAUGGAACAAGUUGUCACCAAUGCAGGCAGAAGACGGACGACCUCAAAACCACGUGCAAAAGUGAGAACUGUGUUGGAAUCCGAGGGCAGUUUUGCGGACCAUGUUUGAGAAAUCGCUACGGAGAGGACGCGAAAGAGGCCAUUAUGAAUCCGCAGUGGGUUUGUCCACCCUGUAGGGGUAUUUGCAACUGUAGUUUUUGCAUGAAGAAGCGGGGAAGACGCUGUACUGGGAUUCUGAUUCACCUCGCCAGGGAGAAAGGCUUUGAAGACGUGAAAGCCUUCCUUGGAGAUUAGGCUUACAUAUGAACGAUUUCGCACUUUAAUACGAUUUGAUAUAUCUAUUUUAACCAUAACUCUUUGCUUAGUUAAUAUGUAUUUUAAACUUACUGCAUACUAAAUUAUAGUUUUAUUAAAGUUUUAUAAAAUAAUAAAUUACCGUUUUAAACACA